AUGCAGCUCUUCAAAGUGUUCCUUCCGCUAGCAGUCACUGCGCCUUUCGUUGCGGCGCAUCCACCAGGACCUCCGAGGCCGCAUGCUUCGCCCAAACAACGAGAAAUCUCAACAAGCUGGGCUGGCGUCAACUCCUAUUUCCUUCACGCUUACCAGACCGCCGACCGCAUCGCUGUCCUCGAUGCUAUCAAAGAUGCGAAACUCAAAACACUACGGUUGUUCAUCUCUUUUACGCCAGCGAACAACAAGGCUACGGGUUCCGUCAAUAUGCCAGACAUCGAGCCUAACCAAGUUGGCACGUACGAUGACACGCAGUUGAGGGCCAUUGAUCAGCUGAUGAUAGAAUCUCGUGAAAGAGGCAUCAAAUUGAUCAUCGCGAUGCAUGAUCGCUACCAGUUGGGCUGCUGGGGGAAUGAUACAUAUGUCUCAAAGUACAAGCUUCCAGCUCUGGAUUGUGCAGUAAAGCCCGCUGCGCAGAACGAUGUGACGUUCUUCUACCAGGACCCAUCACCAAUUUCCGACUUUGAUAACCGCCUUACCCACAUCCUUGAGCACAAGAACACGCUUCUUCCAGGUGCGCCGCAAUGGAAAGAUUUAUCGGAGCACAUAUUCUCCUUCAACAUCCAAAACGAAGGACAGGGUCAUUUGCGCAACAAUAUUGCGCCAGCUCCGGCUUGGUGGUGCGACCGCAGCAAGAAGAUGCGCAGCAUUAUGGGAAACAGCGCAAUCUUGAUCUCAACUGCAUGCGCAAUCAAGCUAACUCCAAACUCAGGCGGCGGCAACGAAUUCCCCAACUCCGACAUCCCCGAAAACUGGGCAUGCCCAACCCUCGACCUCGUCGACAUCCACUCCUACAGCGGCGUCUCUGAAUUCCGCAACAAAGCGCCCAUCGCACUCGAGCGCGCCCAGGACGCCAACAAACUCGUCCUAUUCGAAGAGUUUGGUGCUUCGGGUGCCGACAAGGCGAAUGUUGUUGGCCAGCACAUUGACGUCUUCAAUAACCUGAAGGUGCCGUGGAUGAUCUGGCAGAUCAACAAGCCGGGUAAGGGCGCGAACGACUUUGAGUUUUGGACAGAUGAGAGCACGUUUGGUGUUGUGAAGACGGGCUCUGAGACCGCUUUGGGGCUGGCUGGUGCGCAAAAGUUUCCAAAUCUUUCUUGA